UUACCCUGAAACGUUUUGUUUGUUCUUAAACGAAAUCUGCUAUUAAUAUUAUUUCGGUAUUAGUGGUUGAUAUUUGUGUGAAUAGAGAGGGCAGAAGUUGAAGAACAUAAGCUCCGUUUUAAAAUGGGUUGCUGUUGUUCAACUGAUAAAGAUUCCAACCAGAAUGGAGAAAUCAACGAAAGAACUCACUUGCUAGGGAAUCCAGUGAGCAAUAACACACCUAUUCAGAGAACACCGUAUGAUGGUCUGCGAUAUCCAGGAUCUGUUCCAAAACCAACUGACGAACAGUCUGCUUUGAACAAAAUACUGCAGCAAACUGCCACAAAUGUAAUUGAUGUUGCGGCUCUUGAUUCACAUAACCUGGAGCAGCAUGAGUAUGUUGAAAGAGCCAGGCAAUAUAUCCAGAAAGCCCAAGCUGCUCAACCAGUAUUACAGUCAAAAUACAGCAAGCUCAUCCUUUCUAAAAGCUCAGUUUUGAAGGAUGUACCUGCAAUUGAUAAUUUGCUGAUUGAUUCUCCCAUUUGUGUUAUGGACUAUCACAUGAUGAUCAAGAAUUCAGCCAAAAUUUCCAAAGCAUUAGAUGACAUUCACAUUGAGCAUAAGGAAGAUUUAGUAGUUCCAUUUGCUAUUCCCUAACAAUGAUUUUAAAACUGACUAACUUUCAUUGAUUAUCUGACUUCGAAAGUGUGAUGUUGCUAAAAUCUAAUGUUCUAUUAAACAUGGGAAAUACAUUGUUUAACACCAAA